GUUGAUGCUGCUGGAUAAGACACUGGCCAGUCGUUGUCUUUUUAGACGUUGAUCACGUCUGGGAAAUACGCUUCAGCAAAAAUUUCAGCAAAAACGGCAAGAAGCUCACGUCAGAGCGACGUCAAAUGUCGAGCGUCUACAACAAAAAGCUCAACAUGACGCGUUUAACAUUAGUGGGAAUCAUCGCCUUGCUGCUGCUGGUGGGGCUGACGGACGGCAGUAAAGUCGCCGCUGAUCCUGAUACUUUGCUCACCAUCACUACCAUGAGCUGGACGUACGACGCAACUAUGGGGGCUGAGGCCACGCAGAUGUCGGUGUGUGUGAAAGAAGUUUUCACAGAUCCAUCUUUGCCUGUCAUUCUUACCGUAGCGUCUUCGAUACCGACGGAAAAAGACGAAACGAGUUUCAUAGGAGUUGUGACAGUCGAUAAUCCGUCCUGUGCGGAUUUUGGUGCGUCUGGAAGUUUGCUGCCUCCCUCUGACACGAGGCAAUAUGUAGUUUCCGUUUUUGAUGACUCAUUGGCUAUUAUACAGAGAGGCACAGCUAAUUUUGCUUUUCCGGUUUCUGUUCAUCAACUGAACUGCUCUGGAACGGACGUCGUGCGUCUAAACAUAGAAGGUGGAAACCCAAGUCCUACUCUAACGGCAGAAACCUGUGGCACUACUGAUUCAACGACCUCCACGUGUUAUGUAGUACCUGAACAGUACUCUAAGGUGUGCGCCACGAAUUUGGACAACGAAAAUCUAGGAUUAGAAGUUUGUUUGACUGGGAGAGAGCCGACUCCCACUGCUUUAUCACCAGAUGCCAUGCAAGCCGAAGUUCUGAGUUACGCGAGCAGCCGCCUCAACAUCAACAAUCUUUUAGUCACUGAGCUGUUGACGCGUGGGGGACCUGACGAUGUCUUCAUUUCGUCGCCAUGUGACGGUGGAAAAUGUGCCGUGUCGAGCAUGGAAAUGAGUGAUAAACUUUAUGAAAUUUGUGGCCUUAUCUAUGAGCCACCUGACACUAUCACUAGCAUUGCAUCGUCUCAAUUCCAAGAUUUGUCAUUGACGGUCAACGGUGCCGACACUCCCAUCGAUUUCCGCCUGGCAAAUCGCUACUCUGAUCGAAAAUACUUGGUAACUGGAACUGACACCGAGGAUUCCAUUGAUGGGAAUUACAUACCCAUCCAUCUUGAUUGUACACACAUUCCUGCAGAGACAUAUUGCUAUGGGUUUUAUAAUAUUGAAAAUAUCCCUAAAUACCUCGCUGUCUCCUACGACGACACGCCUCCGAGCAACACGGUGAUUUCGAAAGACGUUCAACUGCAGGGUACGAUGCUGGAGUCCGAUGUGGAUGAUGCUCCAAAGAAAAUAGCGAUUGAUAGAAGUAAGGCCUAAGGAAGUUUUGAUGGGGCUUGCUAUGAAAAGGUUUAAUUGAUGACAAAGACGUUAGUGAAAAUUCCUACACACCAUUUCAAAAACUAGCUUAGGCCUAUCUCUAAAGGUGAAACUCAUUACUAUCAGUCUAACCAUCAGCCACCGUUUGAUUUCUGAUCGCUGGUAUAAAGAUAUUUAUCAUUCAAAUCCUUUCCAACCUCCUUUAUUCUCAUUAAGCUUUUGAUUCCGCUCAGCAUUUAAAACAUACGAAAAACAGAAUUCACAAUAAAUUUCUGUAUGCUCAAGUGUUAGUUGAAUUUUUUAGAGCAUAGAUUAAUAACUGAAUGUAUUUUACAACACUUCUCUUCAACUUCACUUC